GCGGACUCCUUCAUGAAAAUACUCAAGUAAUCUCUAUCACAAAAGACGUAUAAAGACCAUUUUUUUUUGCCUGAUACGGUCUACGCAUUAAAAAUUCCUCAACUUUAUUAUUCGAGGAAAGCCUUGCAAAGAUCCUUAACCAAUGCAGGCCGUAUUGUGAGGAGUUGAAAAAGUUUUUCAGCUGUGAUUUUGUACAUGUAGACUAGUGGUCAAAAUUUUUGUACGUAAACAAAUGGAUUUGGACCGCGAAGAUGCAUCCAGUUUAAAGGGUGGCGCUUCUGAUGUUACAUCUGAAGCAGCUGGAGCAGUGAUAUUGGCGGAAUCCUCAUUAACGGUACCAGACGAGAACAAAAAUGGAGAGUCAAAUUCUUCAUCUGAAAGUGGUUUGGAGGUUGAUCGAGGCUCUGUCGGCAACGGUAGCAGAGGAUCAGAGGGCGAAAGAGAGUUUGAUCCUGCUGAAAUGGUCCCUCUCAUUAAGGAAAGAGUCACUUUAAGUGCACUUAAAUCCGACAUGUGGAAUGCAGAACAUGAUUCUACCAUCAUUAAAUUCCUAAAAGACACUUCUGUUAGACUGCUGGUGGUUUAUAUUGACAAGCUGUUAGGAUUACAAGUUGGUUUGUCUGUUCCACCUCAUCCAGUGGAAGAAAUGACUUUCAUGAUUAGGUUUGAAAAUGCCACUCUUAACCCUGAUAAUAUUGAACGAAAAUUGCAGUUUGGUACAAUCAGAGCCAACCACAUUGAAAGUCUUUUGAGGACAAUGACCAAUGUGUAUGCUCCUCUGUUUUUUGGAAACAAAUCCUGGCCAGACAGUAUCAAAAAUGACUUCUCUGCACAGCUGCACAAAUUCAUGGCUAAUCUCACAGACACACGCUAUAAGAUGCAAGGCAAGACAGUGUUAUAUGUCCCAAAUGAGGGAACAAAACUGCCUGUGGAGGAUGCUUCCAAGAGUAAAGAAUUUGUUCAGCGUUUAGAAACUGCCAUGAUCCACUGGACAAGACAAAUAAAAGAGGUGCUUAGUAGUCAAGACACAUUUGAAGCAGCAGAAAAUUCAGGACCACUAGAAGAGAUUGAGUUCUGGCGCAGUCGCUGUGCUGAUCUGUCAGGAAUCAGUGACCAGCUGGACAAGCCAGGAGUGAAGAGAAUACAGUCAAUUUUGGAGCACUCUAAGAGUUCUUAUGUUGCUCCAUUUCUUAAGCUCUCAAAGUUGAUUCAGGAUGGUUCUGCCCAAGCCCAGAGUAAUCUUAAGUUCCUGUCCACACUGAAGGGACCAUGUGAAGAUCUUGCUCAGGCCCAACCUAAGGACAUUCCAGGGAUGUUGCCAAAGAUCCUCAACAUAAUUCGCAUUAUAUGGAUGAACUCUGAACAUUACAAGAGUAGAGAAAGACUCACUGGUUUACUGAGAAAGGUUAGUAAUGAGAUCAUCAAAAGGUGUAGUACCAAAAUCUCACUUGAUGAUAUCUUUGAGGGUAGGAUCAAGACAAGUAUGCAGGGACUACAGGAGAGCAUUGAGUGUUGUGAGUCAUGGAAACACACCUACAGUAAGAUCAGUAGAAUGCAUUCCAAGUUGUCAAGUGAGAAAUGGAUUCUUGACCAGAGUAGCAUUUUUGCCCAAGUGGAUGCUUUUGUGCAGAGGUGUAAAGAUCUCUUGGAGGUAUGUGAAGGGCAAAUCCACUUUGCAAGAAUGUAUGAUGGCGAAAAAAGUCCCCUACCUUGCUUCCAUGGUGUACGAGGACCUGAGGUGGUCAGAAGCUUAUUGGAGAUUGAGGCAACAUUUGAGAAGAAUCUGCAAAUCCUUAAAGAUGUCAAGAAAACUAUUUUAGAUGUUAAGGCAACAACUUGGCAUGAUGAUUACAACAGAUUCCGUGCUGGUGUAAAAGAUUUGGAAGUGAUGGUUCAGAAUUUGAUGUCCUCUGCAUUUGAAACAAUAACAACUGUCCAAGAAGGUGUAGAAAUUUUGGACAUAUUCCAACAUUUGUCAUCGAGAGAGGCCAUCAGACGUACAAUUGACAAGAAAACAGUGGAAGUGUACCAGCUUUUCAAUGAAGAACUAAACCUUGUCAAGAAAGAGUUCAAUACCAAGACAGUGGACUUGCCGCCUAUGUAUCCAAUUUAUGCAGGAUCGGCAGCCUGGGCAAGAAUGCUUAAAAGGAGGAUAGAUCGACCAAUGAAUGUAUUGAACAAGUCAUUCUUCUUGCCACUGAUCGGGACUGGAGAGGAAAUCAGAUCACAAUACCAACAACUUGCUCAGGCUCUUGACGAAUUUGUUAGAAAGACUUUUAAUGAAUGGACUUCCACCGUUGACAAGGAGGCUACUAGACUGUUAGAGAUUCCUCUCAUGAGACGUAGCUCGGACAGAUCUGGGACACUUGACCUUAAUUUUGACAGGAACCUUCUGAAGUUGUUCAACGAAAUCCAUUACUGGGAGAAAUUGAUGUUUGAGACUCCUCACUAUGUCUCUGAGCUUUACAUGAAGAAGGAAGAUCUACGUAUUCUUAGGGAAAAUGUCUUGCUUGUUGUCCGUGACUACAACAGGAUCAUAGCAGUUUUGUCCUCUGAAGAACGUGGUUUGUUCAGAGAGAGAAUCAGAUCACUGGACAAAAAGAUUCACCCUGGUCUUACCAAGUUAACGUGGGCUUCAAAGGGAAUCUCAGAUUACUUCAUUGGAGAGUGCAGGAAUAACUGCAGCAAGGUUCAAGAUAUAGUGGAUGACUACAAGAAUGCCAACCUAACCAUCUCCAAGAACUGCAAGAAGAUCAGUGAGAUGUUACUUGUCAAAAUUGAUGGCAAAAGAGUGUAUGACAAUCUGGAAUUUGAAGAAGAACAGAAAAAACACCGAAGCAUUGUGCAGACAAGACUGCAGGUCACUCAUGUAGAGAUUGUGAGCAUCAUGAAACAGACGUAUGAGGUUUUCAAGCAUGAUGGCCAAGAGGUGCAAGCCCAUUGGUUGCGCUACACUGAGAAAAUGGAUCGUAUGGCUGAAGAGGCAUUCAGAUUGAAUGUAAAAUGGUCAUUGCAGGAACUGUCCAGAGCCAUUAAUGGAGAUGGAAAGAGUGCUCCAAACCCGCUGCUCAGGGUCAAAGUUGUACUGGAAGGAGAUAAGGUGGAAUUCUCACCAACACUGAAGAAGCUUGCUAGCAUGAUGGACAACAUUGCAGUUCAGUUGACAUCUUGUCUGUCAGUUUUCCAACGGCUCCCGGAUAUUCUUACCAAGAAACGUUCUGUUAAAGAUCGUGUCUGUGAGAUAAUUGAAAGGGACGAAGAGACAAAGAAAAUCCAAGCCAGCAUCAAAGCUGGAAUGUCAGCAAACGCCUCACAUCUGCAGUCAUACCUCAGCACAUGGGAUAGUUACCGAGAAAUCUGGGAGAUUCAGAAGGAUGCCUUCAUUAGGAGAUACCAAAGGCUGAACCCACCGGUCUCCUCGUUUGAUGCUGACAUCUACAGGUACACAGAAAUUGCCAAUAACUUCCAGAAAGAGGAGACAGUGCUCAAUAUUGAUUUUGUGCUCCUGGACAACUCGCCGCUGAAGUUCGCUCUUUUGAGCCAUUGCAAUGAAUGGCAGAACAAGUUUACUACUCUUCUGCGUGAAAUGGGAAGCCAAAAACUGCUGGAACUGCACAACUUCUUAAAGGACAAUGCCAAAAAGCUCAGUGCUCCUCCAGAAACCUUAGAUCAGUUGGGUGAUAGUCUGGCUCUGCUGGAACAACUCCAACAAGAUUUGCCAAACAUCGAGGCCAAGUUUCCGCCUUUACAUCAACAAUUUGCCAUUCUUGAGAAGUACGAAGUUGCUAUUCCAGAGGAGGUACAACAGAUGCUCGAUCAGCUGAGUGGCGAGUGGGUGUCCUUCCAGCAGUGCUUGAUCGACAGUGAUGCUAUGCUGAAGAAAAGCAAGGAGAAGUUCAAAACAGGGCUGAUUCAUUCUUCAGAAGACUUUAAGAAAACUGUCUCAACGCUGUUUGAUGAUUUCCAGAACAAAGGUCCAUUCAGCAGCUCUACCUCUGUAAAAGAGGCUUUGGAGGAGGUCAAAAUGUACCACGAACAAGUCACUAACUUAAAGACACAAGAAAACAAACUGAGACGAGGAUUAAACAUCUUCAAGAUUGAGCAGCCUCCGUCGAAGGAUCUGCAAGGGCUGGAGAAAGAUCUGGAAUACUUGGAGCAGGUUUGGACCAUCACAAAGGAAUGGGAAGAUCUGUGGGAUGCUUGGAAAGUUGGCAAAUUCGAAGAGCUGGUCACCACCGAUAUGGAGACUACGUCGCAGUUGUUGUUCAAGAGGUUGAACAAGCUGGUUCGAGAAGUAAAGGACAAAAACUGGGACAUUUGUGACUCCAUCAAGUCUCGUAUCGAGCAGUUCAAGCGCACCAUGCCAUUGAUCCAAGAUUUGAAGAACCCAGCUAUGAGAGACAGACACUGGGCACAAAUCAAGUCUGAGGUUCAAAAGCCUUUUGAUCAGAAUGCUGAUGAUUUUACUCUUGAGAAGAUCAUUGAACUUGGAUUGGAUCAGUUUGCUGAGCAGAUCAGUGAAGUCUCCGCUGCUGCAAGCAAGGAGUUGUCCAUAGAACAAGCUAUUACAGGCAUUGCCGAGAGCUGGGAGCAAAUUACCUUGGAUAUUGGACCGUACAAGGAUCGCGGUCAUUUCAGACUCAAGGCAACAGACGAAGUCUUUCAACAGCUGGAAGAUAACCAAGUUACUCUGUCCACCAUGAAGGCUUCGCGAUAUGUCAAGGCUUUUGAAGUAGAGGUGGACAAAUGGGAAAGAACUCUGUCUCUCAUUCUGGAAGUCACGGAAAUGAUACUCACCGUCCAACGACAGUGGAUGUACUUAGAGAACAUUUUCCUUGGCGAGGACAUCCGUAAACAACUUCCUAGAGAGUCAGCAGAAUUUGAUGAUGUGAACGCGAACUGGAAGGUGAUCAUGCAAAGACUGAACAAGGAUAAUAAUGCGUUGAGAGGCACUCACCAUCCAGGCUUGCUCGAUACACUAAACGACAUGAAUCUGAAACUAGAAGAGAUUCAGAAGUCACUGGAUAUGUACUUGGAGACGAAAAGGCAGAUUUUCCCUCGCUUCUAUUUCUUGUCUAAUGACGAUCUUCUGGAGAUACUGGGACAGUCUAAAAACCCUGAAGCUGUUCAACCUCACUUGAAAAAAUGUUUCGACAACAUCAAGUCACUAAAGAUGGCAAAGAUGGGUAUCACACAGAAGACAGAGGCAGUUGGAAUGUUCUCUGCAGAAGGUGAAUUUGUGGAGUUUGGACAUUCUGUUCUGCUGGAAGGACCAGUUGAGGCGUGGCUGUGCGACGUGGAACGAAGCAUGCGCUGGACUCUAAAGGAACUGCUGAAGCAGUGCAGGCUCGCCUUGAAGAAGAACACCAGUAAGCGUGACAAAUGGGUGAAAGAAUGGGCAGGGCAGUUGACCAUAACUUCAAGUCAGAUGCAAUGGACAAGUGAUUGCACGAAAGCGUUGGCCAGCACUAAAGAAAGAGGAGACAAGAAAGCUUUGAAGAGUUUGAAAAAGAAGCAGAUCUCUAUGCUGAACAAAUUCUCUGAGAUGAUUCGCGGCAAUUUGACAAAGAUCCAGCGGCAGAAGAUUGUUGCUCUCGUCACAAUUGAGGUUCAUGCCAGGGAUGUGAUUGAGAAGAUGAUCAAAUCAGGGUGUGGUGACGUGACGGCCUUUGAGUGGCUCAGUCAGCUGAGGCUGUAUUGGGACAAGGACAUUGAUGACUGCGUUGUGCGGCAAACGAACACUCAAUUUCAAUAUGGUUAUGAAUAUUUGGGAAAUUCUGGACGGCUUGUGAUCACACCCCUCACGGACAGAUGUUAUAUGACUCUGACAACAGCUCUCCAUCUUCACCGUGGUGGUAGUCCCAAGGGCCCUGCGGGUACAGGCAAGACCGAGACCGUCAAGGAUCUUGGAAAAGCUCUUGGAAAUUACGUCAUCGUCGUCAAUUGUUCAGAGGGUCUGGACUACAAGUCAAUGGGGCGCAUGUACAGUGGACUGGCUCAGACUGGAGCAUGGGGCUGCUUUGACGAGUUCAACCGCAUCAACAUUGAAGUAUUGUCUGUAGUGGCGCAGCAGAUUCUGUCCAUUCUGUCUGCUCUGUCGGCUGGUGCUACACGAUUUGUGUUUGAGGGACGUGAGAUUAACCUGGUCUGGUCGUGUGGAAUCUUCAUCACUAUGAAUCCUGGCUAUGCUGGUCGAACUGAGCUUCCAGACAACUUGAAAAGUAUGUUCAGACCAAUAUCAAUGGUCGUACCGGAUUCAGCCAUGAUUGCAGAAAUUAUCCUGUUUGCUGAGGGUUUUAACAACACAAAGGUGCUUGCUAGGAAGGUUCACACGCUCUAUUCCUUGGCGGUACAGCAGCUGUCCAAACAAGAUCAUUAUGACUUUGGUCUGAGGGCUCUGACAUCCGUGUUGAGAUAUGCUGGUAAAAAGAAGAGAGCGAACCCUGACAUGUCUGAUGAAGAGAUUCUCCUUCUGUCCAUGAAAGACAUGAAUGUAGCCAAACUGACGUCACAGGAUCUGCCUCUGUUCAAUGGAAUCGUGUCUGAUCUGUUUCCUGGAGUCGAGACGCCCACGAUUGACUAUGGCAAGUUACGCACUGCUAUUGAAAAAGAUGUCAAAGAGGCAGGCCUCAAACCACACCCGUCAACCAUUCUGAAGGUGAUUCAGCUAUACGAGACAAAGAACUCCAGACAUUCUACCAUGUUAGUCGGCCAGACAGGCUCGGGAAAAAGUGUUUGUUGGAAGAUUUUGCAAGCAGCUAUGACACGAUUGAAGAGAGAUGGUGACUCAAACUUUAACAUUGUCAGGGAAUUUCCCAUUAACCCCAAAGCCUUGUCCCUUGGUGAACUUUACGGAGAGUUUGAUCUCAACACUAACGAGUGGACCGACGGAGUGCUCUCCAGUGUGAUGAGACUCACGUGCUCAGAUGAGAGGCCAGAUGAAAAGUGGAUUCUGUUCGACGCUCCCGUGGAUACGUUGUGGAUUGAGUCCAUGAAUUCUGUUAUGGACGACAACAAAGUGCUUACUCUUAUUAAUGGUGAACGUAUAGCCAUGCCUGAUCAGGUUUCCUUACUAUUCGAGGUGGAAGACCUUGCUGUAGCAUCUCCUGCCACAGUCAGUCGAUGUGGUAUGGUAUUUUCCGAUUACAAAGAUCUUGGAUGGCAGCCCUACGUUGACUGCUGGCUGGACAAGAGAACGGAUAAGCAAUCCGUGGAGCACCUUCAGAGGUUGUUUGAGAAGUUUGUUCCUAAAGUGUUGGAUUUUCGAAGACACCACUGCAAGGAACUCGUUCCCACCUCCGAAUUAAACUCUGUUGCGUCAUUGUGUGUUUUGUUUGACGCACUAGCCACGGAGGAGAACGGGGUUCAUCCACAUGAAGACAGCUACCCUCGCAUGAUCGAGCUGUGGUUCUUGUUCUCAUUGAUUUGGUCUAUUUGCGCGUCUGUAGACGAAGACAGCAGAAAGAAAAUGGACAAUUUCCUUCGAGAAAUCGAAGGUCAAUUUCCCGCAAAGGAUACAGUGUAUGAGUAUCAUGUGGAUACGAAACAGAAGGCUUGGGCUCUGUGGGAGGACAAACUCAGGACAGGUUGGCGAUACACGCCCAACAUGCCAUUUUAUAAGAUCAUGGUCCCGACAGUUGACACAGUGCGGUACGACUUUUUGGUGUACAGUUUACUGCAGGCUAAGCGGCCUGUCCUUCUAACGGGACCCGUAGGAACUGGAAAGACUUCAUUAGCACAGAAAGUGUUGCAGAGACUGGAUCCCAAGACCUACAGUCUUUUGGUUAUAAAUAUGUCUGCACAGACUUCCUCGAACAACGUUCAAGAGAUCAUCGAGAGCAAAGUUGAGAAAAGAACAAAAGGUGUCUACGUGCCUGUUGGUGGCAAACAGCUGAUCAACUUCAUGGAUGACUUCAACAUGCCUGCUAAAGACACAUUUGGUUCGCAGCCACCCCUUGAGCUUAUCAGGCUGUGGUUAGAUUAUGGCUUUUGGUAUGAUCGACUUAAGCAGACCGUGAAGUACAUAAAGGGUAUGCAUUUGUUGGCUUCCAUGGGUCCUCCGGGCGGUGGCAGGAUGGUGAUCUCCAAGAGACUGCAGAGCAGGUUUAACCUGAUCAACAUGACUUUCCCUCAGGAAAGUCAAAUCAAGCGUAUUUUUGGCACCAUGAUCAACCAGAAGCUGCAGGACUUUGAAGAAGACGUCAAGGCUCUUGGUGAUCUCAUGACCCAGGCAACCAUUGAUAUCUACAACGCCAUCGUUGCCAGAAUGCUUCCGACCCCUACCAAGAUACAUUACCUUUUUAACCUAAGAGACAUUUCAAGGGUAUUUCAAGGCUUACUCCGCGCUAACAAAGACUUCCAUGACACUAAGACAGCAAUGUCCAGACUCUGGGUUCAUGAGUGCUUCAGAGUAUUCUCUGAUCGUCUUGUUGAUGCAGGGGACCACGAAGCCUUUGUGGCACUUUUAAGUGAUAAGCUUGGAACGAUGUUCGACCUGACUUUCCACAACCUCUGCCCUAACAAACAACCGCCAAUUUUCGGUGACUUCAUGAAGGAUGGCGCUGUGUAUGAAGACAUGAUGGACUUCAAGGCGCUCAAGAAAUACAUGGAAGAUCAGCUGGAGGAUUACAACAUGGAACCAGGGGUGAUUUCCAUGGAUCUUGUGCUCUUCAGGGACGCUAUUGAACAUGUGACCCGCAUAAUCCGUGUUAUUGCCCAGCCUCGUGGCAACAUGCUGCUGAUUGGAAUUGGAGGCAGCGGGCGGCAGAGUCUCAGUCGUCUGUCGGCCUACAUCAUCGGCUUCAAGGUGUUCCAGAUAGAAGUCACUAAGCACUACAGGAAGAUCGAGUUCAGGGAGGAUUUAAAGCGCUUGUAUUACCUCACUGGUGUGGACAACAAACCUACAGUAUUCUUGUUCAACGACACCCAAGCGCUGGAAGAAUCUUUCCUUGAAGACAUCAGUAACAUCCUCAGCAGCGGAGAAGUACCAAAUCUGUACAAACCUGAGGAGUUUGAGGAGGUUCGCACUGCUUUAGCAGAAGAUGCUCGUAAAGAAGGCAUUCUCGACAUGCCAGAGACAAUGUUUAAUUACUUUAUUGAGAGAGUCAGGAGUAACCUACACAUCAUUCUGUGCAUGAGUCCAGUGGGUGAUAUCUUCAGGAACCGUAUUCGGAUGUACCCAGCUUUUGUAAACUGUACCACGAUCGACUGGUUCAGCGAGUGGCCUCACGACGCUCUUUUGGAGGUGGCUGAGAAGUAUUUAGAAAGUAUGGACCUGAGCGACGACGAGACUAAAGGGAACGUGGCGCAGAUAUUUGUCACAGUCCAUAGAUCAGUUGUGGAGACCAGUAAACGGAUGUUGAUUGAAGUGAAACGUCAUAACUACGUCACACCUACCAAUUACUUGGAGCUUGUGUCUGGAUAUAAAACGUUGCUUUAUGAGAAGAGAAAAGAACUUGGUGACGCAGCCAGUAAGCUGAGAAAUGGUUUGGACAAAAUUGACGAUACCAGAGCCAAGGUGGAGUCCAUGUCGAUCGAGCUGGAGGAAGCCAAGACUAAAGUUGCUCAGUUUCAGAAACAGUGCGAGGAAUACCUUGUGGUGAUUGUUCAGCAGAAGAGAGAUGCUGAUGAACAGCAGAAGAUCGUGCAAGCCAGAAGCGAGAAGAUCGCAGAGGAGGAAGACAAAUGCCGAGUAAUGGCAGAAAAUGCCCAGCACGACUUGGACGAAGCUCUGCCAGCCCUCGCCGAGGCCACUAAGGCCUUAGAAUCACUGAACAAGAAGGACAUGACGGAAAUCAAAUCAUACGGCCGCCCACCUGCCUUGGUGGAGAAAGUGAUGGAGGCUGUCAUGAUCCUGAGGGGAGGCGAGCCUACCUGGGCUGAAGCCAAGAGACAGCUUGGUGACCAGAACUUCAUCAAACAAUUGGUCAACUACGACAAGGACAAUAUGACAGACCGAAUCCUGAAAAAAAUCGGCACGUAUUGCGCUCAACCAGAUUUUCAACCAGAGAUCAUUGGACGCGUGUCGCUGGCAGCUAAGUCACUCUGUAUGUGGGUAAGAGCCAUGGAGGUGUAUGGACGAAUCUACAGAGUGGUGGAGCCUAAAAAACAGAGGCUGGCGCAGGCAACAUCUCAGCUGCAAGAGAAACAGGCUGUGUUAGCUGAUGCCAAGGCCAAGCUGAAAGAGGUUACGGAUCGGAUGGAAGAGCUUAAGAGACAAUAUGACGAGAAAUCCGCCCAGAAGGAGGAACUGAGGAAGAAAGCAGAGAUCACUGAGUUGAAACUUGAACGUGCUGGUAAACUGGUGUCAGGUCUGGCUGGAGAGAGGGAUCGUUGGGAAGCUAGUGUCAAGAUUUUGGAGGAAAAUAUUGGUUAUCUGGUAGGAGACUGUUUGAUUGCUGCAGCCUUCUUGUCUUACGCUGGACCAUUCCUGUCCAACUACAGAGACGAGCUUGUAGAGAAAACUUGGCUUGCGCAGGUUCGCCAGUUGAAUGUGGCGUGCAAUCCAAACUUCUCCUUCUCCAAUUUUCUGGCCAAGCCAACUACCGUCAGAGAGUGGAACAUUCAGGGUUUGCCGUCGGACUCCUUUUCAACCGAGAAUGGUGUGAUGGUGACAAGAGGAAGCAGAUGGCCCCUGAUGAUCGAUCCGCAAGGACAGGCCAUUAAAUGGAUAAAAAACAUGGAAACUAAGAAGGGUCUAAAAAUAAUUGACUUACAACAGUCGGAUUACCUGAGGACGUUGGAAAACUCCGUUCAGUUUGGUAACCCAGUUUUAUUGCAGAACGUACAAGAAGAGCUCGAUCCGUCUUUGGCGCCGAUCCUGAACAAAUCGAUAAUCAAGCAAGGUGGUCGUUUGUUGAUUCGGCUUGGCGACAAAGAAGUCGAGUACAGCCCUGAAUUCCGUUUCUACAUUACAACGAAACUGAGUAACCCUCACUACACUCCAGAGAUAUCUACCAAGACCACAAUUGUGAACUUCGCUGUCAAGGAACAAGGUCUGGAGGCCCAGCUGCUUGGUAUUGUAGUUCGCAAAGAGAGGCCAGAGCUAGAAGAGCAGAAAGAUGCCCUUGUAAUUAACAUCGCGGCCAAUAAAAAGAAACUUGAAGAGUUGGAGGAUGAAAUCUUAAGGUUGUUGCAGACAGCUCAAGGCUCAUUGCUGGACGAUGAACAGCUCGUAAACACGCUGAAUUCGUCCAAAACAACCUCACAGGAGGUAGCUGAACAACUUCAGGUCAGCGAACAAACAGAGAUCAAGAUUGACGCAGCCAGAGAGGGCUACCGUCCGUGCGCGCAGCGAGCCUCAAUUCUCUUCUUCGUUCUGAAUGACAUGGGAAAGAUAGAUCCUAUGUACCAGUUCUCUCUCGACGCGUACAUCGAUUUGUUCAACAACUCCAUUGAGAAGAGUCAACGGAGUCCCAACCUUGAGAUACGAAUUCAGAACCUUAAUGACUAUCACACUUAUGCUGUUUACAAAUACACUUGCCGUGGCCUGUUUGAACGCCACAAACUUCUUUUCUCAUUCCAAAUGUGCUCCAAAAUAUUGGAAGCUGCGGGAAAACUCAACAUGGACGAAUACAACUUUUUCCUCAGAGGGGGAGUGGUACUGGACAGAGAAGGCCAAAUGGAUAACCCAUGCACUCAGUGGCUCAACGAAGCAUCAUGGGAUAACAUUACUGAGUUGGACAAACUACCUAACUUCCAUGGUAUUGUCACAUCGUUUGAGCAGUAUCCCAGGGAUUGGAACAUCUGGUACACCAGUGCUGAACCAGAAAACACACCGUUACCCGGUGAAUGGGAGAACGCGUGUAACGAACUACAGAGGAUGCUGAUCGUUCGAUCUCUUCGCCCCGACCGAGUUUCUUUCACUGCCACAUCAUUUAUUGUAAACAAUCUAGGCUCCAAAUUUGUGGAGCCUCCCGUUUUAGACAUGGCGUCAGUGGUGGAGGAUUCAUCAACACGAACUCCUCUGAUUUUCGUUCUAUCGCCAGGAGUGGAUCCAACUAGUGCUUUGUUACAACUUGCUGAGAACUCUGGGAUGUCGAAUCGUUUCCAUGCCCUCUCUUUAGGUCAAGGCCAGGCACCUAUCGCCACACGAAUGAUCAAAGAAGGAGUCAAAGAUGGUAACUGGGUGUUCUUGGCCAACUGUCACUUGUCGCUGAGUUGGAUGCCUCAGCUUGACAAGCUGGUGGAACAGCUUCAGGUGGAGGAGCCGCACCCGGACUUCAGACUGUGGCUGAGUAGCAGCCCUCAUCCAGAGUUCCCAAUCUCCAUCCUACAAGUCGGCAUCAAGAUGACAACAGAACCUCCAAAGGGUCUAAAGGCGAACAUGAAGCGGUUAUACCAGCUGAUCACAGAGCAACAAUUCAGCCGCUGUCACAAACAGGACAAGUACAAGAAGCUGUUGUUCUCGUUGUGUUUCUUCCACAGCGUGUUGUUGGAGAGAAGGAAGUUCCUUAUGCUUGGUUGGAACAUACAAUAUGGGUUUAAUGACUCUGAUUUCGAAGUGUCCGAGAACUUGCUGAGUAUUUACCUUGACGAAUAUGAAGAGACCCCUUGGGACGCCUUGAAAUAUUUGGUGGCUGGGGUCAAUUAUGGUGGUCACGUGACAGAUGAUUUUGAUAGGCGUUUGCUUCAUUCAUACAUCAAUGAACAGUUCUGUGACGCCGCCAUUCAGACGCCUUACUACAAGCUAUCUUCUCUGCCAACCUAUUACAUUCCAAAAGACGGUCCUCUUUCCACAUACAGGGAAUACAUUAGCAUGUUACCAAAUGUAGAUCAUCCUGAGACGUUCGGUCAACAUCCUAAUGCUGAUAUCGCCAGUCAGAUCAUCGAAACCAGGAAUCUGUUUGGUACGUUACUUUCUCUUCAACCCCAGAUCCCUUCUGCUGGAGGACAAGGAGAGAGCAGGGAAGAAAAGGUUCUGGAGCUUGCUGCUGACGUACUGAAAAAAGUUCCUGAGGAGAUUGACUAUGAGCAGACCGCGAAAAUCAUGUCCGAUGAUCCCUCUCCUCUCAACGUUGUGUUGCUUCAAGAGAUUGAACGGUUUAACGCCUUGUUGCGAAUCAUCAAAGCAUCGCUUAUCGAUCUGGAGAAGGGAAUCAAGGGUCUUGUGGUCAUGUCCUCCGAUCUGGAAGAGACAUUUUACUGCAUCUACGAUGCCAAGGUUCCCCCUUUGUGGGGAAAGGCUUACCCGUCCAACAAACCGCUGGGUAACUGGACACGUGACCUGAUGCUGCGUGUGGAUCAGUUUGCCAAGUGGGCGACCACAGCUCACCAGCCCGUCAUAUUCUGGAUGUCUGGCUUUACAUUCCCCACUGGCUUCUUGACCGCAGUCUUACAGACAUGCGCACGACAAAACAACGUGUCCGUGGACUCGCUAUCGUGGGAGUUUGUUGUGUCCACAGUGGAUGACAGCAACAUCACGCAACAGCCCAAGGAUGGUGUAUGGAUCCGUGGGCUCUUUUUAGAGGGGGCUGGUUGGGACAAGAAGAAUGCGUGCCUCAUCGAAGCGGAGCCUAUGCAACUCGUUAGCGCCAUGCCCACGAUUCAUUUCAAGCCUGUGGAGAACAAGAAGAAGAGUGGAAAAGGUGUCUACGCAUGCCCGUGUUAUUACUACCCAAACCGAGCGGGAACAUCUGGACGUGCAUCCUUCGUGGUGGCCGUGGACCUGAAAGCAGGAGCUAUGACGUCGGACCACUGGAUCAAGCGCGGAACUGCGCUUCUGAUGAGCCUUGAUUACUGAGCUGCGGUUCUUUGUUAAAGUCACGAACACAGCGUGUGAUAUAAACAUUGAGAAAACGAAUUGUGAAUAAACCCAAGGAAAUAAGCUUUGAGAAGUUACGUAAGACGUUACACCUAUAACAAAAAGUGUGGUUUUCCAGUGAAGGUUUAAAACAGUUUCAUAAUAUUACAUAAAUUUUAAUUUGUACCUUUGCUAUGACACAUCCAUGCAGCAUUGUCCUGCUCUCGCCAUAAAAUAAUUUAGCGUUGUGAAAAAACAAACAAACAAAACAAAAAAGGAAGAUAUGUUCUUUAGUAAUUGUAAAUCUUUUUUUUAUGUUAGUUUACCUUUUCCCUCAAAGAGUGAAUUUAUUUAUUAGGUUUAA